AUGAGAAGAAAUAUGAACUUGAACUUCACUUUGAAUGAAAAUUCUGAAAUUGUCCAGUAUUGUUAUGAUUCUGUAAAAAGCUCAUGUCAGAAACGUCCUUACGCAAUCUCUGUCCGCAUCCUUAUAUAUGUAUUUCUGUGGAUGACAAUCAUUGUCACUGUUGUUGGAAACCUACUGGUCAUUAUUUCUAUUUCUCAUUUUAGAGUACUUCACUCCCCAACAAAUUAUUUUAUAUUGUCUUUGGCAGUUGUUGAUUUAUGUUUGGGAGGAUUUAUAAUGCCACCUGUUAUGGUUCGAAGUGUAGAGACAUGCUGGUAUUUUGGGGAAUUCUUCUGCAAGUUUCAUCUCAGUACACUUAUCAUGCUUUGUACUGCCUCUAUUAUUCAUCUGUCUGUUAUAUCUAUCGAUCGGUACUAUGCAGUGUGCCACCCAUUAAGAUACAAAACAAAGAUCACCCUAUCUAUAACUGUUAACAUAAUCUGUACCAGCUGGGUUGUUUCUGCUGUGCUUGGAUUUGGAAUUGUGUUUCUAGAGUUAAAUUUAAAGGGUAUAGAAGACUUCUACAAUACGAAUAUUAAUUGUGUAGGCAGCUGUAUUUUAAUGCAAAAUGAAGCGUCUGGACUGCUUUCAUCCUUAUUUUCUUUUUAUAUCCCUGGAUUUAUUAUGGUAUGUAUUUAUAUAAAAAUUUUUAAGGUAGCAAGGAGACAAGCAAGGUCAAUCAGAGACACAGCUCGUCCCACGCAAAUUACUGAAGAAAAUGGAGACUCAGCAUCCAGCAAAAGAGAAGCAAAAGCUGCAAAAACUUUGGCAAUAGUAUUAGGAGUCUUUCUAAUAUGCUGGUCUCCUUUCUUUGUGUGUAAUAUAAUUGACCCCUUUAUACAUUACACAACAUCACCUUUAUUGAUAGAUACACUUUCCUGGUUUGGGCUCCUGAAUUCAACAUUUAAUCCAAUUGUCUAUGGUUUCUUUUAUAGCUGGUUUAGAAAAGCACUCAAAAUAAUUCUGUUAGGCAAAAUAUUUCAAAGUAAUUCCUCUAGAAUAAAACUAUAUGCAGAAUGAUUUUUUGUUACAAAUUCAUGCAUAUAUUUCUGGUGUUUCACAGCUUAGAUACACAGUUUAGAAAAUGCGGAAAUGAAUAAACAUUAAAUAUUACAUUUUUUGGUUCAGUUAUUUUUUUUAAUCAAAAUGCUUAUUACAACUUACUCUAUUUUGAUUCAGCACAUUACUUCAACUGGGCCUUUAAGAUAACUGCUUAGCGGAGUAUUCCUUUUUUUGUAUAAAGUACUGAUCUAAUGUUAAAAAAUGUGAUUUAUUUCCCUUUUAUGUUUGCCUUAAUACAGUAAGUUGUG